AUGCAGAACAAGAAGCAGUUCCAGUACCGCUACCUCGAGAAGAUCAUAGAGAGCUGCGAACUGGCCAACGGCCUCGCGCAGAGCAUGUCAACGUUGUCUAAGCGAGACUUGAAGCUUUCGGUGAAGACCCUCCACGACAGGGGCUAUGAGCUGCCCCGUAGCAUGAGGCUUGUUGUCAGCAAAAAGGUUGUCGAGUUCCUGUCGGAGGACCUGCGUGACACCCUCCAGCUCAAGGAGGUCAGGCAGAAGAAGCAGGCUCCCUUGAUUGCUGAGUUUGUCGACAUCAUGUCGGUCUGGAAAACACCGGACCAAGCUGCAGGAGAGGAGAUGAAGUGGACUUUCGCGAGACCCCUCUUUGCAGCCUUGGCAGUGGAGCUUGCAGAGCAGAUCCAGGAUGAGGACAUGGACAUGAGCGCAGCGUUGAGUGAGGAGACCCAGCAGCAACGUGCGGCGCUGAACCAGGAGUUUCAAGACAUCGUCUUCGGUGCCAUCACCAACACUGCAUUCAUGCAGCUGUUUGACAACGAGGACAUCGGCCCAAAGCGCGAGCUCCUGCUGCGUGUGUCCGAGGCAUACGUCAAGGCCUUCAACGACGACAAGGUGCGGGAAAUGGAGUCCGACAGGUUGCUGCCCGCAGCACGUGCGGUAGCCGAGAACUUGGCGGACGUCUUCGUCUCCUUGACGAUGCUCCUCAACCCCGGCAAUCUCGAGAGCAACAUCGCAGCGGUGUCCAAGCUUGUCGGUGGUGAGGCCAAGAGCCAGAACAAGUUGGAGUCUGCUGUGGCUUUGUGUCUGAGCACUGCUAGCUGGCAAAAGUUGGUGGACGAGGUGAUCACGACAGCGCCAGCUACGAUGAAGCAUGCCGGUACCGUGCGGGACAUGUGUGAAGGGCUUGCGAAGGAGAUGUCCUCGUCCGAUGUGGCUGUCACUGACGAGCUUCGCAGGAGUGUGCAGAAGCUGAGUGAGUUGAAGCGUGUGCUGCGACCGGGAGCCACCAGAUCCUUGGAGGAUUGCUUGCAACGACGAUUGCAAGAGGUCGGCACGAAGACCCUAGAGAAGUCUGACGUCGAGGGAUUGCCAGCUGACCAUGUUCGUGUGGUGCUGCAAGGCCUUCGCCUGUUCUCUGGCAAUGAAAGAAGCUUGCUGGAGCUGGAGUUGAAGAUCAUGGACUGGUCUGCCAGGAUGUCCAAGCAGCUUGGCUGGAAGAACCUGGCAGAGAUUCGCACUUCUUUGCUUGGAGUGGCCGAAGAUGCAGAGCUUAUCUUCCCGUACGAGGAGAUCAAGGAAGUGAUUGAGGCUGUGGGUGACAGUGGCACGGACACCAACUUCGAGGACCUGCAGCUUCUGACGGAUCUUGCAGCGAAGGACCUUUUGGCCAAGGCAGGUUGA